AUAUAGAGAGCACCACACACGCAAGGGCAGAGGAAAGGUGGUGAGUCAAGGGCAUCCCGUUUGGGAGCAAGCUUGAAACGCUGAGAUUCCCUAGGCCGCACUCGGCCUGCUUGGCGGGGAGCCAGGCGGGACGAGGAGUUCGGUCAUGGUUGCUUCUGCCGUGAUGCACGCUUUGCGCAAGAACAAGACGCUUCGCUACGGAGUCCCCAUGUUGAUGCUGAUUGUUGGAGGUUCUUUUGGUCUUCGUGAGUUUUCACAAAUCCGAUAUGAUGCUGUGAAGAUUAAAAUUGAUCCUGAACUGGAAAAAAAGCUGAAAAUGAAUAAAGUAUCAUUGGAGUCAGAGUAUGAGAAAAUAAAGGAUUCCACUUUUGAUGACUGGAAGAAUGUUCGAGGACCCAGGCCUUGGGAAGAUCCUGACCUCCUCCAAGGACGAAAUCCAGAAAUCGUUAAGAUUAAGACAACCUGAGUAUGUUGAUGCUGUUUUUUAAUUAAAAAUGUUAUCAAUUGGGCUUCCCACUAUAUGCUCCUAUAUAGUGGAAAGAAAAUUCCAGAACUGCAGAACUCUGUGUAUGAGUAAUUUGAUGGUAGACAGUCUUGAUAAAAAGUCCAGUGGAGGUCUUUAUACUUCCCAAGUAUAUUUCAUUUGCAGAUGAAAGUAGCAGCAUUGACCACAUAUAUUUUGCACCUCUCAAUAAAAAUGUAGAUACUACCACUAAAGAGUGUCGUUUAUUCUACUCUCCAACUGCCCACUCAUAUUUCUUACCUAU